AUGGCCCCGACAUUCGACUUCACGUCGGACCCGACGCUUUCAUCUUUCGCCGUCAACCUAGAGACGUUCGUUGCCAACGACCCAGGCAGAAAGACUUCCUCGGGUGCCACGAUCAGAUUUCAAUAUGUCGCUGUGGGAGCCAUAGUCUUCGAUUCCUCCUCCGACCCAGAACGUGUCUUGUUGGUUCAGCGUGCCGCGACUGACAGUGCACCAAACAGAUGGGAGGUCCCAGGGGGUGCCACCGACUUCGAGGAUCCGUCCAUUCUACACAGCGUAGCUCGAGAGCUGUGGGAGGAAUCUGGACUGACAGGAGAGACAAUCGGCCCUCGAGUUGGCGAUGGAGACGUCUUCCUCACACGAUCCGGCAAGUUGGUCUGUAAAUUUCACUUCCUCGUGGAAGCGAAAAGGAACUCGAAUGGUGCUUUGAACGUCGUGCUGGACCCAAAGGAGCAUCAAAAUUACCUGUGGGCUACCGAAGAAGAGGUCAAAGCUAGGCGUGUGGGUGACGUCGAUCUCAAGUUCACGACCAAAGAGCAAGAAGUCGCAAUCAUUAAAGGAUUCGAAGCAAGGAGGCGCAUGAAGGGGGUAAAGUCAAAUUAUCGUUACAAUGCCACUUCGUGA